AGACAAGCGAGCCCACAGUUAUAUCCAACUAUAUCUCCGUUCGAACUAAUAUACCCGCUGUGCCCCUGGGCACACUGUCACUGUCAUUUGCGUCGCAGCGCUGCCGUCGUCCGCGUCCGCGUCGCUCUGCCUCUGCCUCUGCUUCUGCCUGGCCCAGUGUUUCCGCUUUCUUUCGCCUCGUUGUAAUGUUACUUUUAGUUUGAUGUCAGAGCCUCGCCGAGCCGGUUGUAAGCGUAAUCGUAAGCGAGACUUUAGUGCGAUUCCGCUCCGUUCCGCCGGGGUGUGUGUCUAUGUGCGUGUUGUGUUUAGUUCGAGCAGAGCCAGAGCAGAGCACCAAGCCAGAGUCGCAGUCGAGAAUCGAAACCGAAAGUGGUUCUCCGCGUGUGUGCGUGUGCGAGUGUGAGUGAGUGAGUGCUUGGUGUGUUGGUGCCUGCUUUUCUACCCCCGAAAAAGCAAAGCACAGCAUAAAACUGUGCGCUCGUACGCGCGCCAGUGUGUGAGUGUGUGAGGAAAGAGGCAAGGAGGAGAGAAGAAGAAGAAGGAGAAGAAGAAAGAAAAGAAAACCAACCCCCACCAGCGGCGGCGGAAAAGAGGAAGAAAACAACAACAGAAGGCACACCACUACCACUACCAUUACGAUUUCCACUUUCCACCACCCACUCUUCGUCAUCGCGAAAACGGGACUCGUGUAGAAACCGAUCGAGAGAGCGAAGAGAGUGCGACCAAAGCGAUUUAAAGGAUUAUUACUAUUCCGAAGAGGGCCCCGCGUGGCCGCGUCGACAUCCGCAUUGCUACAGCCGCCCCGCCGAUCCUGACAUGAUGAACUUCUCCGCGUUCGGCGGCCCCUUCUCCGGCAUCCAUCAGUUUGCCGCUAAAUUUGAUGCUCAGACGCCCGGCGCCUUCGGUACGCCCCCCGCCGCCGCCGUGAAUGCAGCAGCCGCUGCGGCUGCCGCCGGCACCGAUAACCAUGUGCAGCGCUAUCAGACCAAUGGCAAUCACUUUAAUCAGAAUGUGCCCAACGUUUCGGCUGCCAACAACAUGCAAUAUGGCCAGAAUAUAUCCAUACCGUACUCACAGCCGCAGGGUGAUCUGAACUUUCUCAAUGCAGCCGCUGCGGCCGAUCAUAAGGGUAAAAUCCAUCCAAAAAUCGAACGUGACCGGGAAGAAGUCCUCAAUCAGCAGAUCCUGCAAAAUGUGAACCAAUCCUGGCAAACGCUGGCCAACACGGCCAACACGGUGGACUACUCGUCUCACCUGCUCUCCGCCACACUGCCCAUCUCCAUACAGCACUUCCUCAAGUACUCGGAGACCAUCAAGAAGGAGUCCACCGGCGAUGUCCUCAAGAACGGCACCAAUCUGGCCAGCCUGGCGCUGGGCGGUGUCGCCCUGACGCCCAGCAAUAAUGGGGCCAAUGGGGGCCACCACAACGGACUGGUGGGCAUGGAGCACGGCGGUCAUAUGACCAACAUGACGGAUGCCAACGGUGCGGCGCUGACGAAUGGAGGAGGAGCCAGCAAUGGGGUGAAUGGCAAUGCCAAUGGUGCGGUGAGCAAUGGCGGCGCCGGGGCGGUAUCGAGUACCGGAUCCGUAGGCACUACGAACGCUACCGGCACCACCGGCACGGCAACCGGCAAGAAGACCAAAAAGAAGAAACCACCAAAGGAGAAGAAGCCGCGCCCCAAGCCUGGCGAGAUCCGCGAAACAAAAGCACUGGACGGCUCGACGCUCUACUGCUGCCCAGAGUGCCAGAUGGCCUAUCCGGACCGCAGCCUCAUCGAGCAGCACGUCAUCUCGCACGCCGUAGAGCGGCGCUUUGUCUGCGACAUCUGCAAUGCGGCGCUGAAGCGCAAGGACCACCUGACCAGGCACAAGCUCUCCCACAUACCGGACAGGCCGCAUGUGUGCAAUAUCUGCAUGAAGUCCUUCAAGCGCAAGGAGCAGCUAACUCUGCACAUUGUCAUCCAUUCCGGUGAGAAGAAGCAUGUAUGCAUUGAGUGUGGAAAAGGUUUCUAUCGCAAGGACCACUUGCGUAAACACACGCGCUCCCACAUCGCCCGACGCGUCAAGUCGGAGGUGUCGGCGCAGAACGUGAACGGAUCCGGUGGCGGUGGAGGAGGAGGAGGCGGCGGUGGCGGUGGAGGCGGCAACAGUGCGCAGAACAACGCGCUGCACGGCUCCUGAGGAUCGUACAAGGACUUCUGGUAAACUCCCAGACGAAUUUCAAGCCAUAAUGGGCGGCCGGGCUGCUGGCGGCGGGGGGCGUAGAUCCAGAUCGUAUCGCCUGUGGCCGUUAGCAGUCGAGCUGCCUUUGAAAUUCGCUGGGGGCUUACCGGGGGUCCUGCUGAGCGUCACCCAACUCCAAUACAAUAACCCUCAAGAAUAAACACGAGUUAUACUUACUGGAUGCAAGUAUUAGUACGAUUUUGUUCACGACACUUUCAGUUCUUUAGCUUUAGUUCUUUCAGUUGAGAUUUUCGCACAAAACACACUAGCAGAGUCGAGCAAAAAAAAAGUAUAGCAAUCGAAAUGUACAAAUCAGCAGAAUGACAGAUUUAAAUUCGAGUUUAGUAUGCGCAUAUGUUAGGGGAAGAUAACGCCGUCGCGUAGCUUUCGUUUCUCAUUUUUUCGGGGAUCUGUGAUCUGUAGUCGCUGCAUAAACAAGAAGGAAAAACGAGAGAUGAUCGAUCGAACGCUGCUCUAAGAAUAAGUUAAUAUGUGUCUGCAACCGAUUUACUAUAUAUUGUAUGUGCAAUUUAUGAACCUCUUAAUUUGCCUUUUGUUUUGGUUGCCCUUGUGGCGCUUUUGUUCACUACAACACACACGGUACACGUGUGCUGUGCUCCCUUGGAGAGAUUCGUCUAGAAUUAUGCACAUUUUAACGAAGUAAGAGCUGCUCUAAAAGCAAAAUUUAUACUUCUAGUCUUGUAUUUUAUUUUACCAAUAGUAGGCAUAGAGAGGGAAACCCCGAAUCGAGGUCACGUAAUCUUAAGCUUUUAAACUUGAAUGUUCAAAAGGAAACCUUCGACUUGGACGCGAGUCACAGCAACAAACACUAGACAGCAGACACGACUUGCAUGCGUGCAGCAUUCAUGCCCAACUUCCAGCCAUCGUCAUUGUUUGCCAGCAAACUGCAAUAUCUACCACAGUACAGUACAGAACCACAUAUAACCAAGCUUACCAAUCCAAUACCGAUAACUGAUAACCACAAAUAGCGUUAAGAGCCACAAAAUAUAUACAACAUACAGCAGCAGCAGCCGCAGCAGCAGCAAUAGCCAUAGGAUCGCAGCAGAUUACAAAAGCAAAUGCAAUGCAAUAACCGAAACACAACUGUAUAAAUCGAUAUUUUUAUAUAUAUAAAUACAAAUGAAAAGAGAGAGCAUAUGAAAACCGAAUAGGAAUAUAAAGGCAUAAAACAAUAACCGAAAUAAAGUGCAAACACUUCGAGCAAGUGACAACGUAAUUUACUGUUCAAAUACAAAGCAUUUUUUGAGAUUAACGAUUAACAGAGAUCCAUAUGCAGACAUAUAGCGAUGCAGCAUACACUUGUAUAGUUAUAUACGCAGCUUCAACUAAAUACGCUAGCCAACAGAUACACAUAGAGAUAUAGAUACAGAUACAAAUACGGAUACUGUAAAGCGAACACUUCUUCCUUGUUUGUCUCGAUCAAUCUGCAAAUUUUGCUAAUGACCCACUGAGCUCGAACUUUUGACUCUGUUUCUGAAUGGGGGGAUUGCUACAAUUUCAUGUACAUUCUUAAGAUAUUAAAUUAUUUUAUUCUUGUAUCUGUGAAAUUGUAUCUAUUCCUAAUUUUGUGAAAUCAAGAAAUCAAAAGUUCGAGCCAGAGCGACAUUUUCACACUCCAAAUCAAUCUUUUUUUGGGCACAUCUCACACACACACAGAAAAAGAUGCUUAAUCAUUUCUUAAGCUGACAUCGAGAGCUGGUGUAUCUAUUCGAUGCCAGAUCUACUAUAGUAGCUUACAGUGCAGUUUGUAAUUGAAACACUUGCAGUGAAGUACAAAUAUUUUAACGACAGCAGCAGAUGCAGACGAUGAGAAGGGAGCCACGACACAAUACAGCAGCUACAUAGGUAGUUGCACAUAUUAGCCAAAAAAUAAUGCAAAACAGAUCUAAAUACAGUUACUACACUAGAGGGCAGCAGAAUAUAUUAUUAACGCGUUUCGUUGUUGGCCCCAAAGGCGGGGGCCCAGGAUACAAAUUGUAAAAAUAACGUGACAAACUUAUAAAUAAUUAAGCUACCUUCAGCGUAAACAAGGAGUUAUUAUUUGCCAUUGAUUUUCUUGGUCUCUCUCUUUCACCCACUCAAUGUCUCUCUCUCUCUCUUGACAACACACACACACUUAAAUCGAAUAAGAGAAUAUAAAACAAUAAGUUUAUAAAGUAAAAGUUGCAAUAAAUGACAAACAAAUGAAAUUAAAUCACUCAGGGAUAAAGCCUCCAAAAG